AUGACUCUGUGCCUGAAUCGUCUCCAAGAAGAGCGGAAGCAAUGGCGUCGUGACCACCCCUUUGGGUUUGUCGCAAAACCUAUCCGCACACCGCAAGGAACUCUGGAUCUUAAGACGUGGCAAUGCGCUGUGCCCGGGAAGAAGGACACCCUCUGGGAAGGAGGUGUCUACAAGCUGGAUGUAAUCUUCCCAGAUGGCAAAUUUACUCCCCCACUCUUCCACCCCAAUGUCUAUCCCUCCGGCACGGUUUGCCUUUCGAUUUUGAAUGAAGAAGAGGCAUGGCGCCCAGCUAUUACAAUCCGUCAGAUCCUGCUCGGUAUUCAGGACCUUUUGAACGAGCCCAAUCCGGAGUCACCCGCCCAAGCUGAUGCCUAUAAUCUAUUCAAAAAGGAUCGUCCUGCUUAUGAGCGAAGGGUUCGCCAGGUUGUCAAGGAGAACCCGCCAAUGUAG